GGAUGUUGUAGUUUGGGAAUAGAGUGGCUACACAGGUGGUAAACCUGCACAAGGUCAGUGUUUGUGGAGGUGGUUUCAGCUACCCAAGCACGUGAAGCUCAGCCUCCUUCUCCUGUCUCCCUGGACAGGACAUAGGCAUGGGCUGGUGAGCAGAAGCUGAGCUGCUGCUGGUGGUGACCUGGCACUGCUGCUGCAGGUCCUGUCCCCAGGCCUUGGAGAGCCUCUGCUCCCUGCUCUGCUCCGCUGUGCAUCUCCUGUUCACAUGGAUCCCCAAGCACCAACAUGUUCCUGCUGGUACAGCUGCCUCUUCCCAGCUCUGGUUCCCAGUGACUUUUUCUGAGGUUCUUUCUACCAGGAAAUUGGAGACUUCAGCAAACAGCUGAGAUUGGGCUGAAGUGCUGCCUGUGCUCAGGGCUUUCACCAGUUAUCCCUGAACUCCCCCCAGCCUGAAGGAUUCUCAGGUCUGGUUUAAGCUGGACUGAGUGCACUGGGAGGUGCCCACAAUGGGGACACAGGUUCCAGGCAGACACACAGGUUGUGUUAGGCUCUCUGGGCUUAAAAUAUUUGGUCAGAAUUGACAGCUGCAGCCCAAAGGAAUGUUUUGGAGCUGAAGCUUACUGGGACACGCAGGGAGUUGUGACAUAUCCCAAGUCCUCUCCUGUGCUCAGGGGGGUGGCUCUGAGCCUGCCUGUGCUAUGGAAGCUGGUCUGGAUGAUCCACCAGAGACCUGCUCCCUGCUUGCCUUCACCUGUGCAGGUGAAAGGGAAGCUGCUCACGAGGGGAGGCUAAAAAAACAAGGCUGGGAACAUGAGCAAGACAGCACAUGGGCCUGGUACAGAGAUAAGGCUUGGGCUGGGAAAACUGAAACUGAGCUGUGACAACAAGGGGAAGGUUUGCAGUGCCCAGGCACUGCACUGGCCUCCGGGCAGGAGACUCCACCUGCCACCCGAGCAGGGACAGGUGGCCCACAUGCCAUCUUAAUUGUAUUUCAGGGUGCUGAUGUGCACAGGUGUUGCAAGGAAGUUCGUGGGAAAAGGUGGUGCGGGUGUGCAUGGGGACAUGGCAGACAGCAGCAGCUGUGGUUUAAAAGAUGCAAGGGAAGAACAUGGUGCUGGCGUGUGUCACAGCCUUGCCAGGGCACAGGGAGGUGACAUGUGGCCACAGCAGCAGUGGGUGCCUCUGCUGGUUCCCAGUGAGGAGCUCUGCACAGGUCUCCAGGGGGACUGCCAUGCUCAGCUCAGGGAGCCAGCCCUGGCAGAGCUGAGGAUGCCUGGAAGUUCCCUCAAAAGGCAAUAAAGGAGUGAAAAUCCAACUGCACAUGGAUGUGUGCCCGGCAAACGCGUUCAUGGAAAUGCACAGUGCUCCGAUCCCUGUCAGCCUCCUGCGUGUCUCGCCGUGCUGUCACUGCAGCAUUCCAUCCUCUCCGGCGUCUCCCACCGUGCUUCACAGCCCUCCCUGUCCGCGGGGAGCAGCUCCAGCCCUGCAGCCUGUGGCACAGCCCGUGCGACCAGGGGACAGCCAGCGGGUGUCACUUGAGGAGCGCGUCUGGCCGGGAGCCCUGCCCCGCCUCUGGGCACGGCGUCACCUCCUCCUCCUCCUCCUCUGCGAGUUUCUAUUUCCCCGGCUUCUCGUCCCGAUCUCCGGCGCAGGCAGGAUGGCAUCGCCCGUGUCGCAGAAGCUGGAGGAGAAGCUGGUGUGCUCCAUCUGCUUGGAGCUGUUCAGGGUGCCCGUGACCUUGCCCUGCGGCCACAACUUCUGCAAGGGCUGCAUCGGCGACCACUGGGACAAGCAAAGGCAGGCCGGGACCGAGGCGAGCUGCACCUGCCCCGAGUGCCGCCGGGCCUUCGAGCGGUGCCCGGAGCUGGAGAAGAAUGUCACCCUGCACAGCGUGGUGGAGCUGGCACGGGGCAGCGAGGAGCGGGGCUCGGCCGCGGGCCGGGGCGAGGCGGCGCCCGCCGAGCUGUGCCGGCAGCACGGGCGGCCGCUGGAGCUCUUCUGCCAGGACGAGCGGCGCUGCAUCUGCUGCAUCUGCACCGUCCGGGACUGCCGCCGGCACCGGAGGGUGCUCUUCGAGGAGGAGCGAGCCAAAAAGCAGACCUUUUUGAAAGAAUCCCUGGAAAAAACCCAGGAGGAAUCAGAGAGGAUUGAGCUGGCAAUGAAGGAGCUGGAGUUGCAGACAGAGAGCAUCAAGGACUGCACCGAGCUCAAAGAUGGGAUUCAGAACAAAUUCAACCACCUGAAGAAAGCUCUGGAGGAUCUCAAGUGUCAGACAGUGGCCAGGAUUGAGCAGGAGCAGGGGGCAGCCCUGGAGCGUGUGGACAGGAACUGGAACCUGUGCAAGGACCGCCUGGAUGUCCUUGGCCAGCACAGGGAGAGGGCUCAGAGCCUGCUGGCCUGCCCUGACCACAGGACCUUCCUGCAGGAGUUCCCCCUGCUCCCACCUCUGGAGAACCCAGAGGCACUGGUGCCCGUGGAGUUUGAUAUGGCUGCUGUGAUCAAGCCCAUCUCUGAGAUCCUCACCAGCAUCUCCAGGCUCCUGCUGGAGGACCUGCCUGCCUCUGUGGCCCCCAAAGCCCCCAGCCCUGCUGGCCAAGGCCCAGUGCAUCCCCAGGAGCUGGCAGUGAAGGCUGUGGCCCCUCUCCCCAAGUGCCAGCUCCGAGCUGAGCUUCUGAAGGACCACCGCAACCUGACCUUCGACCCCGAGACAGCCAACAAGUACCUGGAGCUGUCCAAAGGUGCCCACAAAGCCAAGCACAGCCCUGGCACCAUCUCUGGGAAGGGGCAGGGCCCCCGCUUCCAGCCCUGGCAGGUGCUGUGCACGCAGAGCUGCGGCCCCGGCCGCCACUACUGGGAGGUGAAGAUCUCCAGCCACUCUGUCAUCCUGGGGGUCACCUACCGGGGGCUCCCCCAGGAGCAGCAGCAGGGUCACAGGUUCAACAUCGGCCUGGAUGAGGGCUCCUGGGGGCUGCAGGUGCUUGAGGAUUGUUACCUGGCCUGGCACAAGGGCCGCGCCCAGAAAAUCCAGGAGCAGCUCUAUAAGAACCUGGGGGUCAGCCUGGAUUAUGGCAAGGGGCUCCUCUCCUUCUAUGGCCUCGGGGAGAAGACAAAACUCAUCCACUCCUUCCAUUGUGUGUUCACUGAGCCCCUGUACCCCGUGUUUUGGCUGUGUGAGAGGCGAGUGGUGACGCUGUGCCAGAGGGACUGAGCCAGAGCCACCGCGCUGAGCCACAGCCAGGCUGGUGCCAAGGUGGAGCUGCAGCUCAGGCUGUCAUGGUGCAGUGGGGUCUCAGCGCUCAGGCAGGUGUGGAGUGCAGUGUUUUAACAAGAGCUGAGGGACAGACAUGUAAAUUAACCUGUUUGAUUUGCAGAUGCAAAUAUCACACUGGUGACGCACGGCAGGGCUGGAGCUCACCGUGAGUGCCUCUCCCUGCAGACAGAGUAAAGGAAUGGGGGAUAAGGAGGGUGAAAAAAAAGAGAUUUUCCUCUUUCUUCCAUCCCUGCCAAAUUUCCCAAACUUGGGGAAGGUUUGGAUGAAGGGGACUCCAGAGGGAGGUGCUACUGCCACGGGAUGCUCAAUUCUGAGGGACCUCUGUGCUCACACAGCCUCACAUGCAGGCAGGUCCUGCUCCCCCCAGCCCCUUCUUGGUUCCCCCCUGCUGUUCUCAGACCUGGCAGAGCAACUUCUCAGGAUUCUACGCUGCAGCUCUUUGUACAA